GUCGGUCGGGAUGUUCCCAUUUCUUAUAUUUUUCGAUAGUGAAACGCUGACGUCACAUCGAUCGCUAUCGGUACGCGUCGGUUGCAGUACGGCACUAUCUGUGCGUGACAGUGACAGAACCUAGACUAAACAUAGAUUAUGUUUAUAAUAAUAAUAGUCCAACCAAAAAGUACUUUAUACUUUAUGUAGUCUUUGUGGACUGUAGACUAAAUGGUUUGUGGAAUAUACAUCUCUUAUUAGUUUGUGGGAAUAUACUAAGCGAGUGUCAUGCGCAUCGAAGGCGCAAUUUUUUAUUUAAUUUUUGUAAAUUAAUUGUGUAGCUUAUAAUUUCCAUUUUAAUUCAAGGUUUAUACGAUGCUUAGGGUACGCUGUUUUAAAAUACGACAAAUCAUAAGACCGUUUAUGAUGCAAAAAAGAAUGAAAUCAGCGCUUUCUCGUAGUUGGUUCCAGUUUUUGUUUCACGAAAAUUUACUGAUGACUAACAGUCUAACUUCAGGGUUUUUUAUGGCUAUAGGAGAUUUAAUAAUUCAGGAAAUUGAAUUCAGGAAUGGUCUUUUAUCUGAAAAAUAUAACUGGGCUCGUGCAACUCAAAUGUUAAUAGUUGGCGGUAUGUUGGGGCCCAUGCAUCACUAUUAUUAUAUAAAAUUAGACAAAUUAAUACCUAAAGUUAAUUUAAAAACAGUAUUUAUCAAAAUAGCGGCAGACCAAUUUGUAUGUGCACCACUUACAAUUCUGUUUUUCUUCUUUGGAAUGGGAGUAUUAGAGAAUAAACCAUUACAAGAGAUCUCUGAUGAAAUUAAGCUAAAAUUUAAAUAUGUGUACAUGGGUGAUUGUAUAUUCUGGCCUCCAGUGCAGUUCAUCAAUUUUUAUUACUUGCCUACACCAUACAGGGUUGUCUACAUUAAUUUGGCGACACUAAUAUUUGAUGUUUACCUAGCUUACAUUAAACAUUAUGACUCUGUCGACACAAAUAACAAGGAUGAAACAAAAUGAAAUAAUUUAUAUUUUUAGUUUUGGUACAAAAGAUAUUGUUACUUUUUGAAAUAAUUUUUGUUGUGCCUCCCAAUUAAUAUUUAUAAGAAUUUAAUUGUUCUGUAUUGAUACUUAGUUAUGUGACUUUUUAAUCCUGUUGUAUCAUAUUGAUAGCUUUUAGAAGUAUUAGUGGUAAUUACCAAAUUCAAUUUCAGUUGGAUCAGUAUUAAUAUUCAUCAUAAUUUGCUGCAGAAUUCUGUUCAACUAUUUAUAUAAUAAUAAAAUAAUACAUUUAUAGCUACAGGGUCAAGAACAUUUCAAGUUUGUCACCAAAAUUGAGUACAAAAAACUUACCUGAAAAUUAACCACCUAAGAUUUAAAUUAAACUCUUUAUGUCACUUUUGGUAAGAAAUUGUCAGAAAGUAUCAUGCUUGACAUGCUCUUGACUGUACCUAGUCUACCUAAAAAUUAAAACUUUAAACUGUAAAUGGUAAUUGCUGUUUCUGAUAAGUAAUGCAAUUUUAAUAUAUUGUUUUUUUUUUAAAUAAUGUUGACUUAUAAGAAGUUACCAAAUAGGUAAGUAAAAGUAGAGCGUUUUCAAUUUAUAAAAGACCAUAAGGCUAGUGAAUAUGGGCCAGAAUUCUGUCUAUUAAAAAGUUAAUGUUUUGUAUGAACUAAAAUUAAACAACACAAUUUCUUGUUUUAUUUACAUGUAACUACUUACUAUACAUUUGUUUCGUUUCUCGAUGCCCAUACGUUCUUCUCUCGAUGCUCUCUGUCGUCUACCAUUUCCAUUUCUCAGCUUUUGUCAGUCAGAGUGCAUAUUCAAAUGUAACUGUACUCAUUUAUUUCAAAUGUAAUUACCAUAAUUACGAAAUUGUGAAUAACACAGUAUAAUGUAAAUAGAAUGUAAAUAAUGAAAAUCUAAAAGGGAUUUGCCUGACAUUAUCAAC